AUGGCGCUGGCAAAGUUGUCCAAUUUUGCCGAUCUAGCGAACGCUGUUGCAUCCUCUUUAUGUCCGGUUGUGCUGGGUUCAUUGACAUUAUUGGGAGGAAUUGCCCGCAUCAUUGACGAUGGGGAUAAAUCAAGAAAUACCGUCAGCCCAGCCGCGACUCAUGCAGAGGGAGAUGUCGUCCUGUCUACUACUGUUCAUGGGGGUGUUGAGAAACCAGCCAUUGAGGGAAGAGAAUCCGCGCAAUGCAAGAUGAUCUACUUGAAUUGGGAUAACUAG